AUGUUUAAUCUUCGGGUGCUCUGUCGAGAUCAGCCUCAACGAACAAUUGCGCUGGUAACUACCGAUCAUGCCUUGAUCUUCCAUUAUAGCGCCGCGGGGACCGGGGCCAAGGCCCCUCCGCGCUGUCAGGUUGAAUUCGCAAAUAUCUCAUCCGUGGAUCUCAAUGGAUAUCGCUCUUUAGGAGCCGGGCAUGGAACUCUUGGUAUGAUCACGCUUGGUGAUGAUGUCUUCGUUUGCGUGGUUACUGGUUCUUCGCAAGCGGCUACUGUGAGGCCAGGGGAAUCUGUUUCGAGAAUCGAUAAUGUAGACUUCUAUUGCUUGAAUCGCUCGGAAUAUGAGUAUGGUCUGGACUACGAAACCAGUGCUCAAUUCGCGGCCGAAGACCGCGAUGGAAAGGACAUGGUCACGGAACAUCCAUUCCUCGCCCUGAAGAAGCUUCUUGGCGAUGGCAGCUUUUACUACAGUUUAGACUUCAAUCUGACUGAUCGCUUGCAAGACCGCAUCGACAAAUCAGCCGCGUUUGAUAUCGACUCCCUGGAUGAGGACAUGCUGUGGAACUCAUACAUGAUCAACCCACUUCUCCUGUUUCGCAGCCAUUUGCCGCCUUCAGAGAAAUCCCAACUUGACGCGUCCCAGCUCUUGACUUGUGUGAUUCGAGGAUAUGCCAGUACCUUGAAGAUCCCAGCAACAAUUCCGAUUCUUCCACAAAUUCGAAGCAAGUUCCCUUCUUUCCUAACCAUCAUUUCGCGACAAUCGUCACGACGAGCCGGAACAAGAUUUAACUCUCGUGGAAUUGACGAUGAUGGCAAUGUGGCCAACUUUGUCGAGACCGAGGUAACCCUCUGGGUCCCGCCAGGUAUCGCAUUCUCCUAUGCCCAAAUCCGAGGCUCGCUGCCUAUUUUCUGGGAACAGACUCCAGGUCUUAUUCCGGGUCAACAGAAGAUUGAAAUCACACGGUCGAGCGAGGCGACUCAACAUGCUUUCAACCAACACUUUGAGACUCUCGAGCUGGCUUACGGGGCAGUCCACGUAGUCAAUCUACUCAGCGAGACUAGAUCGGGAGAAGCGGAGCUUUCGGCUAAAUUUCGAAAACAUAUUGCCCGCAGCUCCCUCCGUCAGAAAGAGGAGGGCGAGCUGAAAUCCGAGCACCAUAGCCUUCUUCGGAUGACGGAGUAUGAUUUCCUCGCAGAGACGCGUGGUCCCGCGGGCUACGAAGCCAGUAGUCAGAUCAAAUAUGAGCUUGCGGACUCUCUGGACGGAUUUGCUUACUUCCUCUCCGAGGAUACAACCCGGCCUGCCGCGUCUGUUCAUAAUGGCGAAGGUGCCACGCCACUUUCCACAGUGAUCUUACAGCAAGAUGGUGUCUUUCGAACGAACUGUCUAGACUGCCUGGACCGAACGAAUCUCGUUCAAACUAUAAUCAGUGCAAUGGCGAUAGAAUCGUUCUUGUCCCACCAGGGCUGCAGGCUUAGCUCGGAAUUCUCAAUGCGACACUCGACCCUGUGGGCCGACAAUGGCGACGCUCUUUCGAAGAUUUAUGCGGGCACCGGAGCGCUCAAGUCUUCCUUUACCCGUACGGGGAAGAUGUCUCUGGCUGGCGCUCUUGCGGAUGCGCGGAAAAGUGCGACGCGGUUGCAAAGGACUAUCGAUAUUCUUCUAGGCCGUCUGGCUAAUCAGAUACCUGUUCACCUGUACGACCCGAUGAACGACAUUGUCACCGAAGAAUUGAAUCGGCGGGCUUCGGAAUAUUCCUCGACUAAAUAUACGCGGAUGUGGAUUGGCACGUUUAAUGUGAAUGGUCAAGAUGCCGGUCCUGGUGCUGAUCUUUCGCCGUGGUUGUUCCCUGAGACAACGGAGCCGCAGGAAGAGCCUGCUAUUUUUGCUGUGGGUUUUCAGGAAAUUGUGGAUUUGAGUCCGCAGCAGAUUAUGUCUACGGAUCCGGGGACGCGGAAGGUUUGGGAGAGGGCUGUUCAAGAUUGCUUGAACCAGCGGUCCAAAAUGAAUGGGACUAGCAAGUAUGUGUUAUUACGAAGUGGGCAGCUUGUGGGCGCCGCUUUGAUGAUCUAUGUGAAAGCAGAUGUUUUGAAGGAUAUUAAGAAUGUUGAGGGUACCGUUAAAAAGACUGGCAUGUCUGGAAUUGCUGGAAAUAAAGGAGGCUGUGCCAUUCGCUUUGACUUCUCCAACACGAGUAUUUGCUUCGUGACGGCUCAUUUGGCAGCUGGCUUCGCAAAUUAUGACGAGAGAAAUAGAGACUACGAGACCAUCGAUCGAGGGCUGCGGUUCCAGAAGAAUCGAGCUAUUGCCGAUCACGACACGGUUGUCUGGCUCGGAGAUUUCAAUUAUCGCAUUGGGCUGGGGAAUCAAAUUGUAAGAGAUUUGAUUUCGCAGCGCGACUAUCAGAAACUCUAUGACAAUGAUCAGUUGAAUCUGCAAAUGAUUGCCGGCAGAGCCUUCCAGUUCUACUCAGAGGGUCCGAUUGGAUUUGCGCCCACAUACAAAUAUGACAUUGGAACUGAUAUCUAUGACACUUCCGAAAAAUCUCGCAUCCCAGCAUGGUGUGACCGUGUUCUCUGGCGCGGGUCCAACAUGCGCCAAACACAAUACAACGUCGCAGACUUGAGGAUAUCAGAUCACAGGCCCGUAUUUUCAGUCUUCGACUGCCUGGUCGAUGUCGUCGACCAUGGACUCAAAGAUACCAUCCGCCGUGAACUAUACAGGCAAAAGCAGCGCGACGCACUCUCCGACUCAAUCAAUCUCCUGGACCUGGAAGAUGAAGACAAUACGUAUCAAGACCCUAUUGCACCGGGUCUACCGCCAGCUAGUUCUGAUCGGAGCAAGUGGUGGCUAGAUAAUGGCGUCCCCGUAAAAGCAACCACCAAACCACCUGAAGGCCUCGUCCCAAAUACCCAGCGUGCCUCAAACCCAUUCUCAACAGAUACAGAACCAGAUUGGAUCCGUCCAUCCAGUGACCGACCCCCAGCUCCUCCCCACGACAAGGAACUGCAACCGGAACCUUGGAAUCACAAUCACCCGUUAGCCGGGACCGAAGUCGAAAUCCCCCCCGCUCCGCCCCCGCGUCAGGGAACCGGGUCCUUUAGUGAAACAUCACCCGUCGAGAGAGGAUCAGCGCCAGCGCCGAGAUCACCGCCUGCUAUUCCCCGCAAGCCGAUUUCGCUUAGUUCGCGCCAGUCGUCGAUGCGCCUGGGUCCAGGAGAGGAGGAAGGUGGUCGGGCUCAUUCUAUUACAGCUUCGAGUCCGCCGCCUUCGGCUUCAACCCCGGCACGCUCGAGUGCGGGAUUGGAUCUUCUUGGUGAUAGUGCGAGUGAACAUGAACAGAUUGGGUGGAAGCCGCUUCUUCCUCAGCGGUGA